AUGUCCCACGAUUUGUCUCUCUCACCGAUUUCCACGAAACCAAUGUCCAAACCCCAGUGGGGGCGCUGCAGCAUUCUACAGCCAGUAACCCAGUCACCAUUUAAGCGCGCAAAUGUAAUCCUCUACCUUCCUCCAGGGCCUCUAUUCUUAACCAGCCAAUUGGACAAUGCAGACAGUGCUGUUGACGAGACUGAGAGGUCCACCCACCAAGAUUGGUUUCCGUCGCCACAGCAUGCCCUCUCUGCGACCACAUUAUCCACCGUUGUAACGGUCAACUACCGGGCCGGUCAGCAGGAUGAAUAUGGGAAACAAAAACGCUACUAUUACCCUGGUCCCGUACACGAUGUGUUGGCAGGAUUUGACUGGAUAUUUGAAAAUCUGAAAACAGAACGGCUAUGUGUGUUUGGGAGGCAUAUCGGGGGUUCGCUGGCUGUGAUGCUAGCGCUCACUGAGCCGAGAUCCAUUGCUGCUUUAGCUGCGCAUGAGCCGAUGUGUGAUUGGACUAGUUUGGAUGAUUAUUGCUUGAAGACUGAUCCUGCAUGUGAAGAGGGUGUUGCUGUCAACGGGAACCAUAACAAGGGCGAUGUUAGCCAGGGAGAAAAUGGGAUACUAGCGGAGCAAACAGCUAAAAAAAGCAGACGAAAGAGGAAAACCUCAGCACAUCCACCAGAUCUUGUUCCCCUCCUCGAAGCCCGGAGAGCGUUGUUCCGCACUCCAGAUAAAUACCCCAUUCCCGUGCUCAAAGUUCCCCCCAAAGAGAUAAUUAGCGGCCCGGACCCUACCCGAUACUUCCAAGACCUGGACCCGGAUCUAGUACCACCACCUGUUAAUCUGGACUCUGAUCCUGAGAUGCUUGGAAAGCCUGUCCGGCGCAGGAAAGCUCUGUCCAGAUGGCCACCCUAUGGCCUGGAAUACACAGAAAGACCCGGGGUGAAACCUGUAGACCUAUGGAGUAGUAAACCUAACUUGCCACAUGUGCGUAUAUUCGUACAUAGUAACUUGGCUUCUGAUCCAGAGUUAGAUUCAGCUCCGGAGUCGGACGUGGAUAUUUUCGCGAAUACGGCAUUUUCUGCUGGGGGUGAGAAAUGGACUGUUUCGAACUUCGGAGUCGGCAAUUUAGCUAGUCAAGUCGAGGAGCAGAUGGAACCCGACUAUGGACCAUCUACGGAAGAAGGCGUUCCUACCCCCACGUCACCAUCCUCGUGUUCUCGACGCUCACGCAUUCCCCGUAAACGCACCCUAGAGGCUGACGGGGAAACGAUAUUGGCACGCCAGGGUGGGGAAAUGGUUUCUCUAAUGCGGAAUGCAUGCUUCUGGGGUCGAGAGAAGGGGUAUGCGGAGGAAAGGGUUAAAUAUGUGACGAUUCCCUUGUCGUCAUCUUCAGCUUUGUCUCAUGAUCCUAGCACUACUGAGUUAGGGAGACGUGAAAAUGACGGGAAUGGAACGGGGGGAUAUACGAGUGACUUUCCCAGUGUUGAGGAGCGAGCUGGAAGAUACUUCUUCGAUAUCCUGGAGCGAAAGCCCGGGGAGAAAUGCAGGAUUCUCCCCGCGAAGUUAAAUAUUCGGGAAAGCUUCCUACUCGGCUACGCGAUAAAAUAUUGUACGGCACAUGCAGAAAUUGCACAGGAUGCAGGGAGUCUAUUAGACCUUACCGUGGAGAUCCCUACCUGUAUAAAGAACGUCUUACGACGCUGGUUGACAUGGGCAACCAUCGCACUCAGUCCUUAUGCUUCUGAGAUGUGGUCAGAAAGCCUGUUCAAGCGUCCUCAAUUUACCCCCCAUCGACUGGUAUUCGGGGAACGUCACGAGCGUGAAACAGGGCUUCACGCUGAAUCAAUCGUGAUAGGUUGUUGGAGCUCUAGGACUAGGCUGAACAGAGGGCUCAGGGGCCGAACACGACAAUUUCCAGAAUCCGAGACUCUUCUUGACAUGAGGGAACUGGCUCGAUCCUCAAGAGUGAAGGCUGUAUUCGAGAAGGGUUUGACUUCAAUUCUGGCAAAGUCUUCGAAUGCCCAUCGGAAUCCGACCGAGGGACAAAUCAGAACCUCGAUAAGAGCUGGCCAUAAAGGCAAAGUGGGAUCUAUCAUUAACUCGAGGUAUGCGAGAGCUCAAUUCGCCGAGAUGCAGCAACGACGGCAGAAGGAGGAGGAGGAGGAAUCAAACCAACAUAUUUAA